UACAAUAUCACCCAACCAGAAGCAAUACUUUGAUUUUGUUUUCCAUAACAAACAUUUCCAAGUGAAACAGACUCACACUAUCUUGAAAAUAUGGCCAUCCGUAUGCCUCGUAUCAUUCAAGCAAGAAAAAUUCUGAGGCGGUCAUUAUCUAAUGGAAGCAUAACUCCAACAUAUACGGACAUCCCAAAAGGCUAUUUUGCAAUUUAUGUUGGGGAACAAGAGAAGAAGCGGCACAUGGUCCCGGUAUCACUAUUAAGCGAACCUUUGUUUCAGGACUUACUGCAUCAGGCGGAGGAAGAGUUUGGGUACAACCACCCAAUGGGCGCGCUCACAAUUCCAUGUAGUGAAGACGUAUUCACCGAUCUUGCUUCUGGUUUGGGAGCGUUCUGA